ACUAAUGUUUCCGCUAAUGUAAGUUUUUCACAUUAGUAAUAAAAUAAAAUCACAUUACAAUUAUUAUAUUUCAGUUUCAAUCUGACUGUUAAUAAGGAUUCUAUAUUGAACUUGGAGCAUACUAUAAAUAUUUAACUUUAAAAAUUUUCUAAUAAUUAAACAUGAACAAUCUUAUAAGAUCAUUAAGUCGUACUUCUCGACUAUCUAAUGUAAUAUACAAUAAUAUAUCAAGAAAAAUAUCAACAACACCCAUAAGUCAGUCACUGUGGAGCAUUACAAAUCGAUUUGUACCUGUAAAACAUUUUAAUAUCCGUAGUGCUCAUUCAACUGUGGAAAAAGAACUUCAUAAAUUUUUAGAAGAAGAAAUCAAAGCAGAAGAAAAGACAUCUGAUAAAACAGUUUUACCAAAAACCUUAGAAGGAUUCAAAAUAAAUUUUGAUGCAGCUGAAGUAGAAUUUGUUAAAGAAAAUAUGAAUGAAACUAUAUCAAUAAAAUUUAACAUUAACCACUCUGUAACUGAAGAAGAAAUUGAAGGAUCAGAAAAAGUAUUAUUGAAAUCUAAACCAGAUUUUGAAAUUGAUAUAACUCGAGGAGACACAACUCUUGGGUUCAAUUGUUCAUUUUCUAAUGACUUUGAAGGCACAGAAGUUGAAGAAGCAAAUGAUGAUAUUUUCCGCAUUGAUGAACUCACAAUUUAUGAAAACAAAUACUCAGAAAGUAAAUAUGCACUAAGUGGUGAAACAUUAGAUGCUGACCUAUAUGAUUUAUUAAUGUCAUUUUUGGCUGACAAAGGUGUAACCAGUGAAUUUGUCGAAAAACUUUCUGAAAUAAGUACAAAAUAUGAACAGAGUGUUUAUAUUCAAUUUUUAAAUGACUUGAAAAAAUUUUUUUGAUGUAUCAAGUUUAUUAUAAUUCCACAGUUGUUAAAUACUAAAUAUGUAAAUUUAUAGUCUGAUGUAUUACAUAUAAUAUACUAAGUUUAUUUUAACUUUUAUAUAAACUAAA